AUGACAGCUAAGAACCUCAGUACAAUAAUAGAAUUUAUUCUACUCGGAUUUUCAGACCAUCCCAACAUACAACCAUGGCUGUGCCAAUUAUUCUCAUUUGUCUACGUGACCACACUGGCCAUUAACAUUCUCCUUAUAGUGGCCGUCAGAACAGACAACCGUUUACACAACCCUAUGUAUUUAUUUCUUACUAAUUUGUCCUUUUUGGACAUCUGUUAUACAUCAAUCAUUGUGCCCAAGAUGCUACUAAAUAUGGUUUUGUCAGCAAAAACGAUUUCAUAUGCUGGUUGUAUUCUUCAAGUUUACCUGUAUCUUUUUAUGGGUGAGACAGAAUGCAUACUAUUGGCUUUCAUGGCCUAUGACCGAUAUGUAGCUAUCUGUAAUCCCUUACGUUACAAUGUUAUUAUGAAUAUAGUCUUUUGUACUAGGUUGAUUUGUUUUUCUUGGGUGGCUGGGUGCAGUAUAGCCUCCUUUGAUAUAUAUUUCAUAUGUCAUUUAAAGUUCUGUGGACAUGUCACCAUUAACCACUUCUUUUGUGAAGCUCCAUCCUUACUUCAGCUAGCAUGUGGGGAUAUCUCAGUGGACAACAUCAUAAGUUUAGUUGGUGGGUCCAUAUUACUUCUAAUGCCCUUGUGCCUCAUCCUCUUUUCAUAUAUACAAAUUUCCUCAGUUAUUGUGAAACUCCCUUCUGGACGAUACAAAGCCUUCUCAACAUGCAUUUCCCAUGUUAUCGUGGUGACCAUCUUCUAUGGAACAUCCAUAUUCAUGUACAUGAGACCAAGGAAUUCAGACACUGGAAUGACGGACAAGAUAGUGGCGGUGUUCUAUACAAGUGUUACACCGAUGUUAAACCCUUUAAUCUACAGCCUAAGAAAUAAAGAUGUUCAAAAGGCUCUUGGGCAGUUGACAAGGCGUACAAUUGUGCUAAGGUGGCAAACCAAAUAA